AUGGAAACCACAAACGGGGCCAGCGGCCCAACAAAUGGGUCCAGCGGAGCCUGGAACGCGGAAUCCAGAAUCAUUCCACUAGAGCCUCUAGACCAAUGGAAGCCGAUCGAUAACAUCCGCACAUUCGUCUUCCUAGUCGUCCGCGCGAUCCUGAAUGAAGAAGCAAUGCGCACAGCCUUAAAUCGACUCAUCAGAAACCACCUGCCGAUCCUUGGAGCUCGCCUCGAGGCCAUUUCCAAAGAUGGGAACCUAGCGUAUCGUCUCCCCACGUCUUUUACAACCGACUAUCAGCUGUUCCACUGGUCAUCUGAUACCGUUGACUUAACGUUCGCAGAUGCCCAGUUGCUGCCCAAGGUGAUGCAGACAGAUUGCGAAAUCUUGCACGGGCCAUGCACUAUCCCAGAACUAGAAGGUAAAUGGACUCCUUCCACUUGGCCUAAGGAGCGGAAAUUUGAGAGAUCGGACACGCCGCUUCUGCUCGUGCAUAUAACGAGGUAUGCGGAUGCCACGGUUGUUGCGCUGAACUUGCCUCAUGCGGUCACCGGUCAGAUGGGGUUCGGGUGUUUGAUCGAGGCGUGGAUGCAGCUGGUCAAAGGGGAGACCCCGGCGAAAUUUCUUGAGCUAGAGCCUGAUCUCAUACUCAACUCAAAUGAAGUUCGCCGAUUGCUGUUCUUGCCUAUCAGCCUUAUUGAAGGCCUUCGAGACCGCCAUACUAAAGCCCUUAAGGCUAAGUACGGUGAAGAAGCACCAGCAUUGACAAGCGGUGACAUCAUUAUUGCACUUUUGGCUAAAUUAGCCUAUCUUGGACGUAAAACCUCCAGGACUGUGGCCAUUACUUCAGCGAUGAAUUGUCGCGGGCGACACCCUGCCCUUCCUGCCGACAAGCCUUAUCUUCACAACGGCACAUGCUACGCCCUUUUGCAUACACCAAAUCCGGACAAAGUCUCACUCGCAGAAUUAGCCUACAAACAUCGUCUCGCGCUGGUCGAAGGAUUGAAGGUGGAGAAUAUUGAGCGUUCUUGGGCUGUCAGUAGAGCGCAUUGGAAACGUCACAUUUCCCUCCACAUCGUUGAGCCCGGUCAAUUGAGCUAUUCGAGCACGAAUUGGUGCGGCGCGUGGCGCAAUCUCGAUUUCGGUCCAGCUGUGAUAUCGAGAGAGGGUGAUGAAUGUCCCAAUACUUCGCCACUUGUGCUGGGGCAUGCACUACAGCGCGCUUAUCCGACGAGAUACAAUACUCAGAUCAUGUGUAAAGCCGAUGGUGGGUUCUGGUGUGACUUCACGAUUUCUGCGAAAAGGUUUCCCUUGGUGGAGAAGCUCCUGAAAUCUGACCCCAGAUUGAGUAAUGUCUAA